ACAUGAUUCCAGUCGGUAACAGAGACCCAGGGCUGCGAGUGAAAAUGUCACUGGCAGACACGGACACAGAGCGUGGGUUCUCUGGCGCCGAGCCUGAGUGCCCUUUCUCGGAGGUAAUUGAACUGAAUGUAGGGGGACAGGUGUAUGUGACACGGCACAUAACUUUGGUCGCUGUCCCAGACUCGCUCCUCUGGACCAUGUUCAGCAAGAAGACUCCAAAGGACCUGGCGCGCGAUAGCAAAGGGCGCUACUUCUUGGACAGGGACGGAUUCUUGUUUCGUUAUAUUUUAGACUACCUACGGGACCUCAACCUGGUACUGCCUGAUUAUUUCCCCGAGCAAAGCCGGCUGCAGAGAGAGGCUGAGUUCUUCCAGUUGCGGGACCUGUCCACGCGCAUCAGCCCCAGGAUGAGAAAGGAUAACUCCAUCAGUAAUGAUAUUUGCCAGAGCGAGACCGAGGAGGGUGCGCUCCAGUGCGGCAUAGGGUCCUCCAGCGGAAUGGAAACUUUGCGCAUGAUGUCCGCAAUGAGCCGCGCCCGCUCCCCGUCUCGGGAGUCCAGAAAGUCAGGGUACAUCACAAUUGGAUACCGGGGAUCGUAUAGUAUCGGUAGAGAUAUCCAAACCGACGCCAAGUUCAGGAGAGUGGCGCGCAUCACGGUGUGUGGGAAAACGUCCCUUGCCAAAGAGGUGUUCUCGGACACUUUGAAUGAGAGCAGAGACCCCGAUCGGCCACCGGAGAGGUACACGUCCCGCUAUUACCUGAAAUUCAAUUUCCUUGAGCAGGCGUUUGACAAGCUGACGGAGGUUGGCUUUCACAUGGUGGCUUGUAGCUCCACAGGCACAUGCGCCUACACUAACAAUGAUCCAAACGAGGAUACAAUCUGGACGAGUUAUAUGGAGUAUGUGUUUUGUCGGGACUAAAAUGUUGAUAUGAUCCCACCCCGGUAGCCGCUUUGAUAUUGAUGUUUACUGACAUUUUCUUUGGUUUAGGCUACUGGUGUAAGUAGGUCUCACGCACGCACGCACGCACUCCUUCCUUCCAGUUAUUUCACAGAUCAGUCAUUAUGCCAGUUAGUGGCAUUGAGCCAAUCUUCAGUAUUGUUUUCUGAAUCCAGUCCUGUUAAAAUGAAACUGAUAGAGAUGAUUAAUGUAAGAGAUCAUUUUGAAUGUCCAAGAAUAAUAGACAUAAAUGUAGUUGUACUUUAUUUUGUAUACUAGACCAUGGAGACCUGUCAUUCAGGGCAGGUGGGGCAGAGCUUGUUAGCAUGUUAAUUUGGCAUUAAUACGUGUCACAUAUCAGUUUGAAAACAAUGUAAAAAAUAAUAAUAAUUGAGUUAAUAAAGCUGCAUACAAACAUGGUCUCUUUUUUGCUUUCUUGAGUAAUGCAGCUCCAAAAUGCAGGUGUUUCAGCCUAGCUCAGCGCUUUCUGUGGUGGUGAGGCAGCCAGCAGAAAAUACAGCGUGUAGGGGUUGGUAAUGUUCUCUAGUUGAACUGGGAUUGGCUCAGUGUUCUGUCACUCACGGGGUCACUACCUCACUGCAAAAUCUAGAGGGAGAGCUCAAAAAUUCAUUGCCCUUGGGUGCUGCCAUAGAUUUACAUUAGAAGUGCCCAUCCAAGAAGGCUCAAGGUCAUUAGCCACAGAUAACAUUAUGUCAAAUCACAUUAUAUCUACCCUAACUUUGAUUGGACUGGUCAUGCCAACAUCAUAUAUCAAAAUCUUAGCAAGCUAAACAACCAGUCAUUCUCAUGAAUGAAAUUGACAAUCUACUGGCAAAUCCUUUUCAUAUGAAGAUAAAUGAUAGAUUAAAUAUAUCGGUGCUCAUCGGCCAUUGUACAUAAACAUUACACAACAAGCUGGAAAUCGCAAAUUCAACAAUGAGUGAUUUGGAAGGAAUCAGUGGCUAACUGCAAGCGUUUCAAAUCAAUCACUAGCCUGCUAUUCAGUGGAGAGGGUGUGUGGGCCAAGUCUGGGUUUAAGAGUCUCUUUUCAAAGCAACACCAUGGACCAGAAAAAGUUAUAUUACAUUGGCCAUGCUGUCAAACCAGCAUCACUUCUACCGCGUUCAAAACAACUGGAAACUUGGAACUGGGUGAUCACAAGCUUCAGUGAAUACAAGACAACUGGGAGUUCUGAAAAAAACGAGCUCUGACUGGGAAAAUGCGCUUUGAACGGUCAUCCAUUCAAGUCGGGAACUGAGGCCUCUUUCUAGAGCUUUGACCUGAAGAUCACUGAUGUCAUGAUUCAACCUUGUUGAGUCUGCAGUUGUCUUGAAAGCACCAUAAAUUCAGAGGAUGUCAGAUAUUGAUGAUGAAGUUUGAUGACAAAAUUUGCCCACAAGAAGGACCGCCAGCCACACCACCUCCCUGUUUAAGUGAGCACAACAAGGAGAAUUCAAAAAUGUCUUGUAUGCUGCUAUAUAAAUUAUGUAAUAUUUCAGGGAGAUAUGUAUACUGUCGCUAAGAAAAUAAUACUAAGUGUAUGUUGUGUAGUAAGCUGUUAGUAGACCAUGUGCCUCACCAUAAUAAUUUGGUCCCUUUCCCCUCUCAUACCUUAGCCUACUGUUCUGACUUGGUGGUGCACAUGUAGGCUAUAACCUGUUUUAGAGAAAUGCCCUCAUCGAAUAUUGUAAGAGCUUUCGUUGUCUGCUUAUAUGCUCCCUUUAUGUAUCCUACGGUUCUGAAUUACGGUACAGGGAGAAUACUGUAAGAAUGGCCCAUGUUCUGAAUUCUGUCGCUGUCCAUUUCAAAAGUGCUGAACAAAUAUUUAUAUUGUGACUAUGUCUGUCUUAGCUCACUCAUUAAUGUCUUCAUCCAAAUUACAGAUGGCCUCUUAUGCGCUCAUCAUUCCCUUAUGCCAUAUUUUGAACAUCUCAAUUGUCAGUAGAAACCACAUUUGUUUAAGCAAGUCAGCCAUGUUUUUAAAAAGGCAGUAAAUGAGGCUGACUUAACCGUUUUAGCUGCCAGACAAGGCUCUGCUAAUAGCCAGGUGUAGCAGUGGUAAGGAUUCACUCCAUGGUGCUGAAAAGAAAGCUCUGCUGUUGGGACAAUUACAAAUUGUGGGUACCAUUUGUCACCAUUAAAGUACAAUUCAUGUAUUGUUUAGUGUAGUGGCUUUGCUGGCAUGCAUCAGCAUAAUUGUUUUGAGUUUGCCCCAUCAAGAUUUACAUGCUAAAAUCGCCACAGAUACUAGAUCUUCUACAGAGCUUAUAUUGACCUGAAAUAUAUACUAGCCUACUAAGAGAAACGCUUCUCUCUGCAGAGCUGACCAAUGUAAACUCCUGUAAUAAUAAUGGUGUUAUAAUGACAUUGCCUGGUCUCACAGGGAUAAAUAAUACAAUCAAAGCAUAUCUUUUUGUUUCUGCCUCGUAUUGCAUGAAAAUGUUACAUUGACUCCAACAGACUCCAGUGAUCUAUAAAGUUAAUACAACAUCGUAUUUAGUUAGCCAUGACAUAACUUUUUUUUAUU